UGGGAGUUGGGAACGCUCUACGCAAAGGAGAGAGAGAAAAAAAAAAAAAUUCCAGCCGCAGAAGUUAACAGCAUGCGCCUCCCCGGUGCGGGACGCCGUUUAUACUCCAAAUAAUUGGACAUUAUGUCAACGCGGAGCCACGACGGAGCCGGUUUGCUCUGUUUUCGUCGGGCUCGCUCGCCUUUAUUGACGACCGCCGCCCCGCAACUCCUCAGAUGGAGUAGGUAACUCAGCAAGGAUAAAGGCGUACCUUUGCAAGGCACGGAUUGUGGAUUGUGGCUUCGCACCAGAAGGUCCUUUCGUCGAUGUGGACGUUCAUCGCUUCGAGGAUUUGAAGUCACGUCGAACGAUGGCGUCACGUUGGGCGCAGUCUGGUGACGACGAUCUCGAGCAACAGCAGGCGAGAUCGUCGUUCUGCGAGAAUGACUCUGCGGAGUGGAGAGGCUUGGACCCGUUUGAAGACGAAUCGUUCUCUUGGCCGAGACCCAAAACGGUGAUUCUGCGUCGCACUUGUCACGGAUUUGGUUUCACCCUUCGACACUUCAUUGUGUACCCGCCGGAGUCAUCCAUGCACUACUUCCUGGGUGAAGAUGUUGGGCGCAGAGGGAGACAGUGGAACAGGCUCGAGCCAAUGGACACUAUUUUCGUGAAGCAGGUCAAGGAGGGCGGUCCUGCACAUGGAGCUGGCCUCUGUACAGGUGAUCGCAUUGUGAAGGUGAACGGCGCAAGUAUCAUUGGGAAAGCAUACUGUGAGGUUAUAUCUUUGAUCCAAGACAGUGGUGAAUUUUUGGAACUUUGUGUGAUGCCCAAAGAUGAGGACAUACUACAACUGGCCUACUCCCAGGAUGCCUACCUCCGUGGCCACAGCAGCUACAGUGGAAAUGCCCGUCACAUUCCUGAGCCGCCCUCCGUAUGCUACCCAAGAGUAGACUGUAAGCCUACGGGCAUGGCCCAAGCCGCAGACCCAAAGGGUCCGGGCAUCAGGGGGUCAGCAGCACCUUCUGAUUAUGGGUACCGUAAGGAGAUAACUGUGCCCCCAUCCUUUCCUCCCAAGUCCUAUCCCAAAAAUCAGAUGGCAGUGUGUAUGCGCAACGACAAUGUGAGGACAAUGGUGGUUCCGCCCGAGCAUACGGGGCGUAUGGGUCCAGCACAUAGAAUAGAUUACGUGGACCCUGCAUUUUUGAGGGGGAGGCCUGCGUCGUUAGCGCAGUACCCUCAUACGAGAAAGGCAGAAGUCCAUCGCGGCGGGCCGGGACUCGCUCCGUAUAGAGGCCCCACACCUCACUACCCAGCCACCCAACCAAAUAUUGAUUGGCGAACUUACCAAACGUACAGCGAAUACAUUGACAACAAAGGAAUCCAUUCUCACGGUAGUCGUACCAUCCAGGAGAGGCUUGAUAGCCUGCGAGCUUCCAAUCAAAAUAGUUUUGAAACUUCACACGGCAUUCCCCAAAUGGGUUGGGGUCCGAAGGGUAUCCGCCGAAGGAGUACAUCCCAUGAACGCUCUUACCACGGACCUCCCGCCCACUUCCAAGUUGCCCCGCGCAGUGCCUCCCAGGACCGCAUGAUCAGUUCUGAGAGGAUGAGCCACGCCAGGAACUGGGCACCAAGGAGCAUGUCUCAAGAUGGCCUUUUGCAUAAGAGACGGUCACACUCCACAGACUAUGUUGACCCAACAGAGAGUGCUCAGCCAAUUGAGAGGAGAGGAUAUCGAAGGGUAGAUCAGAGUGUGAGGCCCAGCAGACAGUCCAUGCCAAGACAGGCCGUGCUGUCCAGGCCUUCUGGCAGAUACAACAGCGGACAGACGGGGCCGCACAAUCCUUCUUUAUACUUUAAAGGACUCUACUCUCUCCAGAACCACUCCCCUCCCGUGCUCUCGGACAGACAGACACAUUUUGGGAAGCAAACAAGUGGUGACCAAAAUGCUUUGAUCAAAAGUAACCAUUCUGGUCUCAAAAACCAUCAAGGCCACAACAGAGCGAGAGCUGAAAGCAUGCAUCCCGUUGAGGCCGAGCGAGAUGUAACCUUGGUAGCGAAAAGGUCCUCUUCUUGCUCCACGCAAAAACAAAUCCCUCAGCGGUCCGGAAUCCUCACACCGAGCAGUGAAGAUUCUCAAAGCCAGCCGACCGGACGUAGCCUCUCUGAGUCUGGAGUCGUCAUGAGGCCUAAGCCUCCGUCCGGAACCAACCCUGUCCCUCUGCGCCACCCCUCCUACAUCCUCGCCGUGAAUGACGACGAUGGGGCGGAUUCCGCUGCCGACGUUGCAGCGUGCUGGCUUCCCAACGAUGCACGUCGGGAGAUGCACAUACGUCGCCUCGGGGAACGCUACGCGUCCUGCUCCAGCAACCUGGAUGAGUCGUUGGAUUCUAUUCCAUUCAUCGAUGAGCCCGUCAGCCCCAGUGUUGACAAGAAUGCUGCUCCUAUUCCACCCUCUGCUGUCAUAUCUGUCCCACCAUCAAUAGCCACAGGUCCUUCUAGUCCUGACUCACCAUGUCCUCCCAUUCGCCGACAACUGUCACAUGACCAAGAGUCCCUGAGAAGUGCUCUUCUGGAGUCAGAAUCUGCCAGUCAAACUGAGCGGUCUAAAUCCUAUGAUGAAGGUCUGGAUAGUUGCCAAGAAGAGGGGAGAGGACGAUCUUCUAGUCGGCAUAUGCCAGGUCUCAGAGGCCUGAGAAAGGCACUGGACGGGCAUAAAAUGUCCGGGGACUCUGGAUCUAAUAGGGAUUCCUCUGCAGAUAUCUUUUCCGAUUCAUCCAAGGAAGGGUUGCUCAAUUUUAGGCAACUUUGUACAGAUAAAAAUAAGCGUGUUAGUGGCGGGAUGAAGUCAUGGAAGCAGAUGUAUGCGGUUCUGCAAGGUCACACACUGACCCUCUUCAGGGACAGGAAAGAUGCGCUCUCGCACGUCACCACGCUGCCCGACGAGGAGCCGCUACGAAUCAGCAUUAAGGCAUGUCUGAUUGACAUCUCCUAUAGCGACACGCGGCGCAAGAAUGUGCUGCGACUGACAACCUCCGAUUGCGAGUACUUGUUCCAGGCUGAAGGGAGGGAAGACAUGUUGACCUGGAUUCGAGUCAUUCAAGAAAACAGUAAUCCAGAUGAAGAGGAUGCUUCCGUAACAAGUCAGGAUUUGAUCAGUCGAAAGAUCAAAGAAUACAACAUGAUGAGCGCACCCACAAGUAGGUCCGAACCUUCUCCCAAAACUUCCCGUCAGUCCUUGAGCAUCAAACAAGCCUUUUUGGGAGGGAAAACCGACACCAAGAGCCACAGCCCCCAUUCGCCCAAACCAGAUGAGCGGAAAGCACUGAGAGAUGAGGCCAGUCCACCGAGGGACAGAGGUGCGUGGAAAAUCGGCAUUCCGGGGAUCAUGAGAAAACCGUUUGAAAAGAAGACACCAGCCGGCGUCACAUUUGGAGUACGGCUGGAUGACUGUCCACCCGCGCAGAGCAAUCGGUUUGUUCCCCUGAUCGUGGAGGUGUGUUGUCACGUGGUGGAAGACCGAGGCUUGGAGUACACGGGGAUCUACAGAGUUCCUGGAAACAACGCCGCCAUCUCCAACAUGCAGGAGGAACUCAACACAAAAGGCAUUGCUGACAUCGACAUCCAAGAGGAUAAAUGGAGAGAUCUGAAUGUCAUCAGUAGCUUACUCAAGUCCUUUUUCCGAAAACUACCCGAGCCCCUGUUUACAAAUGAGAAGUACGCCGACUUUAUUGAGGCCAACAGAACAGAUGACUCAGUCGAGAGACUCAAGGAGCUGAAGAAGCUGAUCCACGGACUGCCUGAUCACCACUAUGAAACGCUCAAAUUUCUCUGUGCUCACCUCAAGAGGGUGUCCGACAACUGUGAGAAAAACAAGAUGGAGCCUCGAAAUCUGGCAAUUGUGUUUGGCCCGACGCUGGUCCGAACCUCCGAGGACAACAUGACGAACAUGGUCAACCACAUGCCUGACCAGUGCAAGAUAGUCGAGAAUCUGAUCCAACAGUACGACUGGUUCUUCACCGAAGACUGCGAUGAAGAUCCAGUUACCACGGCCGAGCAGGAGAGCACAGUGCAGUCUCAGCCCGUGCCCAACAUCGACCAUCUGCUCUCCAACAUCGGACGGACCGCCGUGUCGCCCGGCGAAGUCUCAGAUUCAGCAUGUAGUGACUCCUCCAAAUCAAAGAGCCUCUGGGGGUCUGGGAAGGAUCAGUGUAGCAAAGAGAUGCUGCGCUCUUCCUUCUUCGUCAGCCGCAAGCGCAAGAAGUCUAAAGACAAAGCGCAGCCCAGCAGUUCGGACGACGACCUGGAUGCGUUCCCCAGGAAGGAGAACCUGGGAGAGAGCCAGAAGCCGCCUCCUUGGUCGGGAAACAGUCGCACUGAGAUGACAGAGAACGAGGGGGGCACCAGCGAGACGGAGCAGCCGAGGAACAGUUCUGAGGAACAGCUCGACAAAACCGACGAGACCGAGAUCCCUCGCGAAGUCAGAGCCUCCUCACGUCUCGCCGGCUCUCCGUUCGUGUCACCCUCCGCCUCCCCGAGCUUAGAUGGCCACGUGGCGGCGGCGGCCGCCGCGCACCAGUCCUCGCUGUCAGACCCGCCCUCCAAUUACGACGACACGGUGUCCGACCUCGGUACGAUGAACAGCUCCAGCUCCCGGGCCUCCGCGCCAAGAACCAGACGCUGCAGGACGGCGCCGCCGGGACACGACGCGGGCGCCGGCGGGCCGGGAGCGGAAGUGUGCUCCAUCACCUCGGACUACUCCACCACAUCGUCCAUGACCUUCACGACGGGCGGCGAGCUCAGCACGCUGAGUCCAGAAGUGCGCUCCGUAGCGGAGAGCAGAGGCGGCGACGACGACGCCGAUGACGAGCGGAGCGAGCUCUUCAGCGAGGGCAGGCCCACCGAGACGGACAGCGAGAGCGACAUUUCCGUCUUUGCCGCGGCCAGAGACGGGGCGGCGACCGACCGCCGAGACCCGCAGGAGGCCCCGCGGCCGUUGGCCUCCCACAGGCUCAUCGACUGCGACACGCUCUCCAGAAAGAAAGCCGCUCGGCAGAAGACCGACAGCGAGUCGUCGCUGGAUGGCCCUCGCGCCGACAAAGAGUCCAACAGACUGUCGCUGGUUUCCGCCAAGGGUCGCUCCACCGGCAGCCUCAGCUCAUCUUCCCGCGGUGAGCUGGAUAAGGGGGAGCCCGCGUGGAAACUGAAGAUCACCGAUCGGCUGAAAGUGCGUCUGCGCGUGUCGGUGGACGACAUGUUCGGCGUGGGCAGCCAGCGGAGCGGCGAGGGCCGCAGUAAGAAGAAGAAUAUCCGGCGCAGACACACCAUGGGGGGGCAGCGAGACUUCGCCGAGCUGGCGGUUCUGGGCGACUGGCCGCAGCGGGGCCUCUGCUCCGGGUCCCGCUCCGAGCUGUCGGCCGUGGACCGCCUGAGACCCAAAUGCAGCUCCCAGGACUUCUCCAUCGGCGACUGGAUUGCACGCGAACGGCAUCGCGCCAGCAAUCCCGAGGUGAGCCUGGACCUGGCCGAUCAACAGGGGGCGCCGCGCAGCUCCUCGGAACCCUCGCACCGCGCUGCCGAAGCUUUGAACGGCGGCGCGCCGCAGGCUAAGAGUCUGAGCUUGUCGGCCACGGCGCACCCGCACAAACUGGCGAGUUCCCAGGUGGUCCACUCGCGCUUUUAUCAGUACCUGUGAGUCUGUUUGCGUGCGCUUUUGUCGUUCGAGUCGAGUUGUCGAAUGAGCAUGUUGUACAUGUGUUGUAAUGCAAAGUGCGUGCGAGACAAUAACUGUGGACCUCGUGUUCAAGGCAUGGAACAAAUACGGUUUAUACAUCUAUUUUUUUAACGAUAACUGAUGCGAUGAGGGCGGACCCGGCGCAAGACUUCCUCCUCCCGAACGCAAAAAUAUCCGCCACGCUGAAGACUUGGGACGCCGUUUGCGGCCUUCGAGCACAUUGUCGCGUGAAUGAAGGAUUAGAUUUUAAGAAAGAUUAGUAAAGGUAUAGAUUUAUAGUUUUUCCAGAUGAGUUAUUUUUGUGCAUUAUAAAAGUGGCAGUAUAUGUGAACCAGUACCCAAAUGAAGAAUGUACAGAUUGAUGUGCUCGCCGUAACGCCGACUAAAAGCUCGAGACGCUCGCGUUCCCGCUAAAAUGUAUACCGUACGUACGUACGUACGUGCUCCGCGUGGACUUGAACGACCUUUCCGGUACAACGCGCGCAAGAACCGCCAACGAGGCUUUUCCAAAGGUACAACGCAGACCAGAAGACUGGACUUACAAGUACGCACAUGUGAAAUAAUACACCUGUUUGUGGUUCGAAAGAGCGGUGAACAAAAUGGAGAGAGAGAGAGAAAAAGUUGGGAGCAGAAAAUGGGUAGUGAAAUAGCAAAAUAAAUCUAUUAGGAAGUGCCUGACGAUGAAAUGUUAAGGGUGCCAUAUUGUCUUGUUACACAGUACUGUGAAUGACCUUUUUCUAUUGUUGGCUGUCGUUCUCCAGGUUCUCUAAGAAUGAACGCCGAGCUUCCAUUCCUCGAGGCGUUCCGCUCUGGUCUUAACACAUUUUUCUACUUUGUUUCCACCGUUGCUUUUAAUUGUGUUCUAUAACAACUUGAAUUUUAAAUAUUCACUGUAAAAAAAAAAAAAAAUACCUUAAGUUAAAUGUACAUACAGACGCCACGUUUUAGCUGCUUGACUUCGCAUUUCGCAUCCUCCGUCGGCCCGUGUACUACGUUUGCGGACAGUUUUCGGUACAGCGCGCGAGGGCCCGCGAACCGUACAAAUGCCGCGUUCCGCUUGAUUGGGAGAGGAGUGCACAGACUCCGGAAACACUGGAAAUAAAUUUUUGUCAAAGGCGAUGACA